CAUUAAUGGCACGGUCGCUUGCGCAUGCAUGAGCCAGUGUGUAUCGGCGCGCCAGACAGAGCACACGCGGUGUAAUUGAUAACCAACAUUUGGUCUACCUGUUCAGUGACGUCACGACCUUCGAAUUCGUAUAUUUGUUUACGCCGGCUGAAUUUUAAAAGAUGAAGACAUUAACAGCACUAUUUAUCGUCGCACUGUACCUAGCGGUCAUCGACCUCGGCUCCGCGGAGCAGAGCGAGCACGAACACCACAAACAGAUCCGCCACAGACCAAAGAGACAGUACCUAGGCGACUAUGGCUACCACCCGGCGUGGUACCGCCCGCACUACCCGGAAGACCGAAGAGACGACAGGAGUCAACAGGACUUGCUGCCGCAUAUCUAUAGGUUACUAGAAGAAAUUUCUGACUUAGUCCGCCGUCCUCCACCUCCUCCGCCACCGCCUCAACCGAUCUACAUACCCUACCCCGUCCAGUACCCGUGCCAACGAUGCAAUUGUCCUACGCUGCAAAAGCCGAACGUUACAAGCAGGUUCCCGGAGAUGGAAGACUCGAACCAGAACUGGGGGUACGAUGACAGCAAUGAACCGGAGGACGACUUCAACAACAACAGGCCGAUCAACUUUGACCCCAUCGCGGCGCCCGGGGCCACCUCGCGCCCGCCGCCCGCCGUCGAGCAUGGCAGCAGCCAGGCUUCGGUAAACUCACAACAAGGCAAGGUAAGUUCCAAUACCCGCCGCCCGAAGCGCUGCGACGCCAUGGUGCUCUCCUGCUGUGACCCCUCCCAGGCCAGGCAGCAGCAACGCGCCUGCUUUGUCUCAGGCAACUGCGCGUCCUACUUCGACAAACGCGAUGUGUGCUCCAAGCAGUUCGUUCAGGAAGUUCUAGACACGUUCGCGUCAGCGUAUGCUCCGACGCAGUGAGGACUGUACAUCGGGAAACGAUUUAGUCGUGAUCAGUAUUUAUUUGAUGUUAAAUGUUG